UCUGAACAACUCUUUCUUCUUCAACUUCUAUGUUUUAUUAUUGUGCCACUGAUUUACUGUUUCUUGUUCUCACUUUCUUUUGCAUCUUUGUUGAUUUUUUUUCAAAGAUCCAAACUUAUAUUCUUGGAACGAUGUAUGCAUGUGUAUGUAUAUAUAGAUCUGUAUAAGUUUUGUAUUGCAUGAUUAACAUUACUUUCUUGACAGUCUGUCCAUAAAGGGUUUGGUUAUGUUUUGUUUCUUGAUUUUUAUCCCCAGAUUUCUUUUUAAAGCUCAUGUUUCUGUGUGUUUCGUCUUCUUCUUUUAUCCACAGGUUUUAUAGCCCCUCAGAAAUUUGACAUUAUAAGUGAUCUGAUGUUAUGAAGAAUAGCAGAGAGGUGAAUAGUAACAGUGGAAGGAUCAAAUGUUCUUCUUAUCCAUCAUUAUCUACUGAUGAAGGAUCUCCAAAUAAUCCAUCAUCUUCUUCCCAUUUCUUGCAUCUCACCAAGCCUAGUGAUGAGUUAGGUCAAUCACAUCUUUCCACUUUCUCCAUCAGAGGUUAUGCAUUUAGUAACCGGACCAAAAACAUUCAGAAAAGCUGGCCUUUCUCUUCAACAAGUCUGCAACUUUGUUUAAAACAUGGCUUGAGUGAUCCAUUGCCACCUAUUCAGCCUCUUGGCCCUAUGAUAAGCCAUCCUCCUGAAGCUUCAUCAUCCAACAAGCCAACUUUAACUCAUGUUGAAGCCAUAAGCAGCAAGAGAAAGUUAGGAAGACUUGCUUCCAGUGAUCAUGCAUCAGCAGAGAUUACUAAACAAGGCUUUGAGAAUGGUUCCAAAUCCAAAACACAAGUCACUACAGUUAACAAGACUCCAAGAAAGAAAUGUGGGUUAGUAGUGAAACCUGGAGCUUGUGUGGAUGGUUCAUCAAAAGAAGAUCAGGCUUUGAGAACUUGUCCCAUCUGCAAAACCUUCUCGUCUGCUUCUAACACCACUUUGAAUGCGCAUAUCGAUCAGUGCCUGUCUGUUGACUUGGGAGAGCAGCCAGUUAGUAAGCCAAACAAGCCUAGGAACCACAAGCCGCGGUUGAAGGUUAAAACGAUGGUUGAUAUCUACGCUUCUGCAAAAGGAUGCACACUAGAAGAUCUUGAUAGAAGAAAUGGAACAAAGUGGGCUGUGAUCUCAAGCUACUCUAACCGUGUCAUUGUCUGUGAUAAUAAUAAGUCUGAAGUUUCCAACAAAGAGAAGAAGCUUGAUGAAGAUGGUGAUGCUGGCAUUGGACCUGUUUACAUUGAUGCUAAGGGCCAAAAACUGAGGAUUAUAUCUGAGGUUAAGGAGAAAGCUGCUGAACCAUCAAGAGAGCAUGAGAAGAAAUCAUUUAGUGAAGGUAAACGGAGUUACAAAAGCUGUAAGAAAAGACUAGAAGGCAAUGCGUCAGAGAUACACGAGUCUAGAAGAGGGUGUUCUGAAGAAUGUAGAGGCAUGGAGAGGUUAGAAACUCCAGGGACAAGUCAGCGUAGGAGGAUGCUAAGAAAACAUAGUCUUUCAAGGAAUGAAAGUAAGAAAGGGAGGAGCAUGUGUGAUCAGCCAUCUGAGAAUAUGCAUUCAUUGUCAGAAGAUCCUCUUGUGUUAAAGGGUCCAAGUCUUGUGAGUACUGAUUUAUCCGAGGCGGUUAACAGUCAAAGCUCAUGGAGAAGCUGUGGGGAUAGUCAAAUCUCUGGAAAGAGUACUAACUUUGCAGCUCCUAAACCUGUGGACAAAGGAGUUAUGAAGUUAAAGAAAGCAUGGAGGUUUGAUGUUUCAGAGAAUGAAGAUGAGGAUUCAGGGAGAUGGGAGUCUGAAAUGACUCAAGAACUUGAACUGGCAGAUUAUGAUGACUGGGACGAGGCUGAAGAAACAGAUAAGGGUCUGCCUUCAACUAGGGGUGAAGAUAAUGAUUAUGAAAGUUUGGAAGAGACUGGUAAUAACAAAGGAGACUGUGAUAUGUUGGACACAAUAGAUGCUGAGUUUGAAAGCAUGGUUUUAGAGAAAAAUGGUUUUGAAACUGAAGAAGGAGGAAGCUCAUUCAUGGAGGUUGAUCCCAUUCCUAUUCCAGGGCCUCCUGGAUCAUUUCUAGAGAGUCCUUGGGACAUGGGAACUGAUGCAACUGCAACUGAAAAUCAUGGAAACUUUUUCCAGGUCCAAACAUCCUUUGAUCAGCUUGAUCUCACUGACAGAAACUUGUCUGAAUCACCUGUUUCAGCAGUUUCUAACUUUGCAGCUCCUGAAACACAGACAUUUAGUCUUCAUAACAUCAUCACUACUGACAAUGAUCAGUCAUGUUGUUGCCAGAGAAAGGAGAAUGCUCUUGAAGGUACAACAUUUAGGCAACCACCACCACACAUGAUCCAUCAAGAUCUUUUGAGUAAGUCUGUUCCCCCGGUUCCUUCAAACUCCGGUCCAGUGUUGCGGCUAAUGGGAAAAGAUUUGAUGGUUAUGAACCAAAGAGAAGAGACCUCACAUGGAGAUCCAAGUACAAAACCAACUUCUCAGUUUCAAGAUCUCUCCAAGACACAACAAGCGUCUCCUCGUGCCCAUCUUCAUCCUCCUUAUGGUGGAAACGGUUUGUAUUUGGACGCCACCACAAGCUUUUACAACAUUCCAUGACAAUACCGAUCAACUCCAGCAGUUUCCUAUUCCUGAAAGAUCUUAAAGAAGUUUUCUCCUCAACCAUUCAACCUCAAGAUUUCAUGAUUCUCUAACAAAGAGGCUGAGAAGAAUCUCAAGAGGCUGUUAUGAAGAAAUGGUGAGAUAUAAGUUCGGUUUGAAUCUACCUAUAGAAUAUUGAGAAACGCCACCGAGGUAAAUGUAAGUUAUUAUAAUGUUAUGGAACCGCAUUUUGAAUAAAAAGUAUACAUGACUUUAACCUCAUGAUUCUUUCUUUCUAUAUAGAUAUUUAUAUAUGUGGUUGAAAUCAUGUGAGGUAGUCAAGAUCAUGGUCACCGUCAUGACAUGCAUUAUGUGUACGCAAUUCAUUUUCUUUUGUCUCACGAAUUCCUAAUUAUUUUAGAUAUAACCUGUUGAGUGUAAAUAAUGUCACAUAAAUUAGAUGGGGAUAUAUUUGAUGUAUAGUAUAACAACUAUUAUGAGAGUUGCAUUUCGUGAUGAUGAGCUGUUUUCUUGUUA